ACGAUAGACCCACUUUAUCAACCACUAAUCGAUAAGUAUCCUGGGAUUCAUCAAACGCAACCGAAACUACCGUGUGUAACCAGCAACGUUACACAUCACAUCACGACUACAGGACCACCUAUAUUCUCUAAAGCACGACGACUAGCCCCCAGAAAGCUAAGGUCAGCGAAAAACGAGUUUUAUUACAUGAUAGACUUAGGAAUCAUACGACCGUCAAGUAGCCCAUAUGCAUCUCCGUUGCACAUGGUCCCUAAAAAGGACAGCAACGAUUGGCGUCCAACUGGUGACUAUCGGUGAUUGAAUGCGAAAACCAUACCCGAUCGUUACUCGUUGCCUUGCAUUCACGAUUUGACAGCUACCUUGAAAGGUACAACUGUCUUUUCGAAAAUCUAUUUGGUCAAAGCGUAUAACCAAAUCCCCAUGGUCACUGACGACAUUCCGAAAACAGCUAUCAUUACUCCCUUUGGAGUUUAUGAAUUUUUGCGAAUGUCCUUCGGUCUAAGAAACGCUGCUCAAACAUUCCAAAGGUUCAUAGACGACGUUUUUCGAGGUCUCAACUUCGUACACGCGUAUGUUGACGACUGUCUAAUCGCAAGUCCGGACAGAGAAUCACAUCUUAAGCAUCUGGAUCUUGUUUUCGAACGACUACAAAAACAUGGCAUUACUGUAAACGUUCAGAAAUGCCAAAUUGGAACCGACUCAUUAGACUCCCUAGGACACAUUAUAGAUGCUCAAGUCAUUCGACCCCUUAGGACCAAAUUGGCGACAAUUCUGGACUACCCAGAACCGACCACGAUCAAACAACUACGAACGUUUAACGACCUUGUAAGUUUCUGUAGACGAUUCAUACCUAAAUGCGCUUUACUCAUGAAACCUCUUACCGACCAACUUCGUGGAAAUGCGAAAUCCAUUAAUUUAGACGACACCGCACGAAAAGCAUUCUUCACAAUUAAGGAACUCAUCGUUAAAGCAACAAUGCUUGCACAUCAGGACACCCGAGCACCCAUUAGUAUCGCAGUAGACGCAUCCAACUCAGCAGUCGGAGGAGUUUUACAACAAUGGGUUAACAACUCCUGGCAACCAUUGGCAUUUUUCUCUAGACGGUUGCUAGACACCGAAUCGAGGUACAAACACUGAACACCUGUGCCAUCUUUAUUAUAAUCAAAGUACAUCAACCCAGUCAAAUCACAAGUCCGAAGUGAAGAGGUUCGGGGAUAUAUUAGACAGGUUAUCGACUUAUCGGGAGGUGAUUAAUCUAAGCUGUCUAGUGUUGUAGACGUGUAGCGCCGCGUACCUACUCGUUAUCUGGUGCGGAUGCAUGAUCGAGCGCCUUCAGCUAGAUCUUCAUUAAUAAGGAUAGAAGUUCUAUCGACGUAUACUGAUCCUUGCAGUUUGUAACGCUGUGAAGGUCCAAUCUCUUUUUCAAUGUAUCAACAGAAAGUGCUGAUAUUGCGUGUUUUGUUAGAGAAUUUCAGUAAUUCACUACGUUGUGUGAGAAACGCAAUUCCAGACGUAGAUGAUUUGAUCUCGGUUUCUGAACUCUCUUCGAAUGUUCUCUCAGAUGAUCAGUCCUAGACGGAAUGAAAAGAUAAGACAUUUUUGUACUAAAGUCAUCGUUCAGUAUGCGAUAGGCCAAUAUUAGAUCACCCUGUAUUCUACGGUAAGGUGACGGAAAUAAGUUGAGGUGUCUAUCUGUCUCCACAAGAUAGACCAGAGAGGCAUUUUACCAUUUAAGUUCCUCGUCGUUGGACCCGUCCCAGCACAUCCGCCCCAUAUUUGAAACAGGGACGAUCAGCUUGGAUCCCAUGUUCCGA